AUGGAUCAGAUGGUGGCCAUGCAACUGCGUUGGGAGCAGAGGUUGGCGAGGUUCAACCCUUCGAUGAAGAUUAACUUUGAUACAAGUGGCGAGCCUCCUUCACCUAGUCCUAGCACCAAUGCUACUCCAGAGCUAGAGCCAGCUGCUACGGAUGCCCCUUCUACCGAGUCUUGA